UUUCUGCCGUUGGCUGGUUGGACUCGUGUCGAGUUCUUGAUGUCUCGUUAGUUGUUGAUGACACUUCAGUUUGGAAUGUUUAGAGUGCGGCUAACAGCGCAGAGCCCGAACGCGACCAAGUGAAUCCGUAUCUGCAUCCGCAUUCGCAUCCUUAGCCGCAUCCUUCGACAGAUUCCGCAUCCGUGAUAAGCCGAAUACUUUGCUAGCCAAACGGACGGACCAACAUUGAUUAUGAUUGCCAUUGGAUUUUGCUAGCAGGUCCUUGAGUCUCAAGUGCAAAAAGUUUCCCAGUGCAUCUCUCCCUCAGUUCGCGUGUGUGUGAGCUUUUUUUUCCCGUGUCCCCGUGCCCUGACUCCGUGUCCGGGCGUGCCAACAACAGCCACAAAGUGGCGGAGAAACGCAAGAGUCAGUCUCCGGCGCCCGCCGCCCAGCAGCGGCGCAAAUCGAACGGAUCCCCUGCCCCCACAUCGCCACAGCAGCCGCCAGACGGCCGAUCGCCCGCCGCUCUGGAGAUGACCACUUCGGGCGCCCUGGAGCGUACGCCCUCAAAGCGUAGCCGCGAACGGGAGCUUAGCAGCGGCAAUAGCAGCGGCUUGGGCAGCGCCGGCAGCCUGCCCGCCUCCCCGCAGAGCGCCAUCACCGUUAGUCCCGCCUCGCCGACGACCCCCACAACGCCCAAGCGACCGCUACGCACCUCCACCCCCUCGCUAGAUCGCGAGGGCGAACGGGCCAGGGAGCGAGAACGCGAGCGCGAGCGCGAGCGCGACCGAGAUCGUGCGGAGCGUGAGCGGGAGCGGGAGCGAGAGCGGGAACAGGACCGAGAGCGCUCCUCCAAGGUCUUCAGCACAGCCAGCACCACGGUGCCGACGACAACGACGCCCUGCGGCACCGGACUGGCCGCCACCGAGCAUCUGCGCAUACCCACAGGAGCGGCGGCCUUCAGUGGCUUUCCCGGGCUCCAUGGCAUGGGCAGCCUCAUGGUGCCCUCGUCGGCGGCCGUGGCUGCUGCAGCGGCUGCCCCCUUUCUACCCUGGUCGCCCAUACUGCUGCCGCCCUGGAGCCACGCCCUGCUGCCAGCCGCCUUCUAUCCGGCGGCCCUGCGCAACGCCUUGCCCGGUUUGUUUGAUGCCAAAGUGCCAUCGUCGCAGCGCUCCGGAUUUCACAUAUCGGACAUACUCAAUCUGGACGGAUCUGAUCUGAAGAACGCCGCUGCCGCUGCUGCCGCCGCUGCGGUUGCCCAGCACAGCAGCGAACUGAGCCACGCGGCGGAGGCCAGCAAUGGGCAUGGACAGGCAACGCUCUCGCCGACGCCCACCAGUGCGGCGGCGCUGGAGGAGCAUGGCGCUGGGGCCGGACACGGCGAGCAUCACACCACAGAGCACCACCCACAGCAGCCGCACCACCACCACCCGCCGCAGCAUCCGCAUCACCAUCAGCCGCAUCCGCAGCAUCACCAGCAACAGCAUCCGCAUCCGCAUCCGCAUUCGCAUUCGCAGCACCAUCAGCAAACGGCAGCCCCUCCCUUGCCACUGCCACACCACCAGAGCAGUGCUGCUGCUGCCGCUGCCGCCAGUGCCGCUGGCGUUGGCGUUGGAUCCGAUGCCCAUGUCGGCGCCCACGCCCAUGCCGCCGCCCACCUGCUGGCCAGUCACAAUGCGGUGGCCGCCGCUGCAGUUGCCGCCGGGCAAUAUCUGCCCAAGAAUUUCGCUGGCACCUUCGGGGACGAGAUGUCCUCCUACCACCACAUGGCCCACACAAUGCUCCAACACUCGGGACGCAGUGCGUGGAUCAAAGAGAACGAAUUAUACGGCACACAGCAGCCGGCUAGUCCCGAUAGCACAUCGCCGGUUACAUCGGAGGUCUCCUACACGUACAUCGGUUCCAAUUGCCAAACCUCGCCCGCCCUCUCCGGCGACUACAAGAACUACAGUCGGUCCGCGGACAGCGAUGCCCUGUCCGUGGGCGAUGCCAUGCACUCCAUCCAUGGGGGCGGCAAUUCCGGUGGACCCUCGGCGGCACAUGCCCUGCACAACAACAACAACAAUAGCACCAGCAACAACAACAACAACAACAAUCACAGCCUGAAGCAUGACCCCAUCAAUGGUGGAGGAGCGAGCAGCGGGCAUGAUGACAGCCUCAACGAGGACGGCAUCGAGGAGGACAUCGACGACGUGGACGAUGCGGACGGCAGCGGUGGCGGCGGCAGUGGCGGCCUCAACAGCGACGGUCUGCCCAACAAGAAGCGGAAGCGCCGCGUGCUCUUCACCAAGGCCCAGACCUACGAGCUGGAGCGAAGAUUCCGGCAGCAGCGCUACCUCAGUGCGCCGGAGCGCGAGCAUUUGGCCAGCCUCAUUCGUCUGACGCCGACACAGGUGAAGAUCUGGUUCCAGAAUCAUCGCUACAAGACGAAGCGGGCCCAAAACGAGAAGGGAUAUGAGCAUCCGGGCCUGCUGCAUGGUCACGCCACCCACCCGCACCAUCCGUCGGCGCUGCCCUCGCCCCGCCGCGUCGCUGUGCCCGUGCUGGUGCGCAACGGCAAGCCGUGCCUCGGCGAUGGCUCCAAGCUGGCGCCCGACUGCGUCUCGGUGAGCUCAGCGACGGCCACGGCCAUGCAGAAUGCGGCCGCUGCCCAUCAUCUGGUGGCGUUGAAUGGGGCCGCCUAUCAGCACGCGGCGGCCGCUGCUGCCGCCGGACUCCAUGCUCAUGCCCAUGCCCAUGCCCAGGCCCAUGCCCAUGUCCAUCCGCAUGCGCAUGCGCAGCGCGCCGCCUGGUGGCCCUAGUACAGCUAGAUGCGGAGUGGCAUGGGGGUAUGGACACUCGAAUAGUCGACACUGGAGCUGGGAAUUCGAACAAAACUUUGGUGCAAUAAUGGAACGUGCCCGCUCGCCAGACCCCACCCCACAACAGAAAUGAGCAACGAGAACGAGAACGAGAAGUCAAAGUAGAAGGAGAAGGAGAAGCAGCCAAAAAAUAGAUGUGGAAAACGUAAAACAUAGUCAAAAGUAGAAGCCUCUGUCCAUCCUGUAAAUAAGUCAGACAAAGAGGCACAAAAAAA